CGUGGCGCAUGCGCAAUGCUGAUCACACUGUGCUACCUCUAUCUGUGGGCGCGCUGGGGGGCCCGGCCGGCCGGGCUGAUCCGCCGCACUGUGCGCCGCCUCUACCGCACCCGCUGCUCCUUCACCUUCUGCGGCUGCGGCGGCGCCGUCUCCCCCCCGGCCAGGCCCCGGCGGCAGCGCAGGCAGGGGCCGGCCGAGGAGCGGGUCUGCCUGCGCAUCGGCACCAAGGUCUUCUUCACUGGCGAGGCCCAGUCCCUGGAUGACUUAAACAAAUGGAGUCUACUUCUUAUAACUCCCUUUAUUUAUGCUGACAAAAUAGUUGAAGCAGAACAGAUUGCAUUUGUGACAGAAAGUGUUUCUGCUCAGACAGAUAAUUUACAGAGUAUAUCUAGCUCUUCAAAAAAAGUUGUGAAGUGGUCAGACUAUUGUUCACCUUUGGCCUAUAAAUCUGGAGAAACAUAUAAAUUAAUUGCCAAAGCAAGUGUGGAUAAUUUCAGUAACCUUGGAAUAGCGUUCAUGGAAGACAGACUUCAAAUGGAUAAUGGAAUGGUGCCAAACAAGAUUGUUUCUGUUCAUUUACAGGAAUCUGCUCUUAAGAAGUUAGAACAGGUGGCCUCAGCUGUGGAAGAGAAGAAAAGUGCUAAUGGCACAGAACUGGAAGAACUGACCCCUGCUAUAUCUUUAGAGUCUACUGCUGAAUAUGAAUCAGAUGUAGCUGAUCCUCCAGGAGGAGGUGGUGAAGGGAUGCAAGCAGAGAGAUCCAAGCUAGAAAGAGGACAUGAGUCUCAGGAUGAAUCUAAUAACCUUCCUGAUAAAGAAACAGGUUCUGGAGAACACCACCAUCUUCAUCUUUCAAUCUGUCAUGAGUGCUUGCAACUUGAAAGCAGUACCAUUGAGUCAGUAAGAUUUGCUUCUGCAGAAAACAUUCCAGAACUUCCUGAUGAUUGCAGUGGCAGCUUGGAAGAAGUUACUGAUGACUUUCUGGCAAGAGACAUAAAAAGAAUAAAUCUUAGUGGGAAGCCUCCUAAUAUUUUGGUUUACGUGGGUUCUGACUAUAUGAAAACAAAAUUUGAGCAGAUAGACUCAAUCCUCAAGGAAUGCAUUGAUCCAGACAAUUAUGUAAUCUACCCAUUGCUGGAGAAGCAAAUUCUGAAAGUUCCAUGGCUUGAUAACUCUUUGUUGUUGGUCAUUGCCACAGAGGAACCCAUUUCUGAGGACAAUCAUAAACAAUUUCUGACCUUCUUGGCAAAAGGUGGAAAGAUUUUAGGACUUUCUACCUCUUUUACUUUUGGCAGUAUAAAAGUGAAGAGCAAAAAUGAACUGAAUAAGACCAUCCAUGAACUGGUGGUCUUUAAAGCAGACAACACUGAAGUUAAAUUAAACCUUUUGACUAGUGGCAGUGUUUUUGAGGAGGAUGUUCAGGAAGAUAUCAAGAAAGCAAGGCCACUGAGUCGCUUAAAUAAUCCAGAUAAAGAUAUAGUUAUUAUUCACCUGACUUAUGGAGACGUUAGAGGAGAAGCCAUUCUUUGUCAGGUACACUUGGAGGUAGAUAUCAGUUCUGUGGCCUUGCAAACUCAACAGGAUUUUAAUUCACUGAAAAUGAGUAAUGCCAAGAGAUAUGAAGUUCUUAAGGAGAUUCUGACAUUACUUGGCCUGAGUUGUGAAUUAAGUGAAGUUCCUUCAUUAACUCCUAUUUAUCUGUUCUCUCAUGAGAAGGAAAUCCAUGCUUCUUUUUUGAAGUGGCUACACCAAAAUGUAGAUGCUGAAGGAUUAAUAAAAUCCAGCAAGAUGUCUCUUAAAUUUAUGCCAUUUUACAAGCCUGAAAUGGAGAUAACACCAUGUCGAAUGCCAGUCAUCACUGAGCUGGGGGACUUCUCAUCUGAGCACUUCAGUGUGGAGACAUAUCGACAUAAUCUGCAAACAAAGAAGCUUGGAAAGAUUGUUCUGUUUGCUGAAGUAACAUCAACAACAAUGAAUCUUCUUGAUGGGUUGAUAUUCGAGUUGCCUAAGGAAAUGGGUUUAAUAGCUAUCGCAGUGCGACAAACACAAGGAAAAGGUCGUGGCGGAAAUGUCUGGCUCAGCCCUGCGGGCUGUGCUCUAGCAACUUUGCAUAUCUCUAUUCCUUUGGACUCCCAGCUAGGACAGAGAAUUCCGUUUAUUCAACACCUAAUGUCUGUCGCUGUGGUGGAUUCAGUUAGAACUAUACCUGGGUAUCAGGAUAUUGACCUGCGAGUGAAGUGGCCAAAUGAUAUUUACUACAGUGACCUUAUGAAGCUUGGUGGGGUUCUAGUGACUUCUACACUUACGGGAAAAACGUUUCACAUACUCAUUGGUUUUGGAUUUAAUGUGAAUAAUAGCAACCCUACUAUUUGCAUCAAUGAUCUCAUCAAAGAACACAAUAAAAAAUAUGGCACAAAGCUCAAGUGCUUAACUACAGACUAUCUGAUUGCAAAAUCUGUAACUGUGCUUGAAAGACUGAUAGAUACUUUUCAGGAAAAAGGGCCUAAUGGAGUUCUUCCCCUUUACUAUAAAUAUUGGGUGCACAGUGGUAAACAAGUCCGUCUCCAGAGCGAGGAGGGCCCAAUAGCAUGGAUUGUUGGUAUUGAUGAUUGUGGAUUCCUUCAAGUUCACGAGGAAGGCAAAGGUGUAGAGUCUGUGCAUCCUGAUGGUAACUCUUUUGACAUGCUGAGAAACCUUAUAAUCCCAAAGCAGCAAUAGCCGUCAAGUUUGGUAAAAAUGGCUGCUCUGAGAAGACUGUUUAAUAUUCAGGGUCUACCAUUAAACUUUACUGCAGACACUGUAUCAAGCCGGUUAUGAUUUAGAGCUUAAGUAGAGAAGCACUAUGCUCAUAGGCUGCCGGUUGCUUUUACAUUACUGUUUUAUUUCUGCUGGGUUGUCUAGCCAGUGGCCCAGAGGAACAGUUAGCAUUUUUCAUGUUGUAUACUUAAAAAAAAAAAAAAAUAGGGGUGAGAGGGAGCUAGGAGUUGGCAUAAAAUCGCUCUUUCCCUUAAGACUUGGUUUCUUCUUUCUUAGCCUGGACAUCUUACUUAGAAGCUGAUACAAAAGUUAGUGGCAUUUCUUUACUGAAAAUCCUUAUUCUUUCACUUGCCUCAACUUAAAAGUUACUGUUCAUUGUUAUCAUUGAAAAUAGGGACAUAGUUGGAAAGGAUCAGGUUUUACUGUUUCACUCAUGCAGUAGACUUACAAUCUAAAAUGCCUGUUUGUUUUUAAUAAACUCUCUACAUAAUGACAUUUUUUCCAUGGUUGUGCUUUGGGUAUCAGCAGUUAAAAUAUUUAGAUGACUUUCUAUGCAUUUUUAAAGAAGUGAGUUCUGCUUCCUUUAUCAGCUAUGGAGGACACACCUGAAAGAAUUCACACACAUCCUAAGGGCAAAUGGUAGGAAUAUUACAGUUCUGAGCUUAAGGUGCCACUCUGUAGGUAGAUUAAAAUUCACCUGUAGAAACCAGUAAGACACUUUUCAAUCUGGUUUUCUUCACAUGGGCCUCUGAAUCCUUCCUUCAUCUUAUAAUUCUGCCUUGCAAUAGUGGUAGACCUUUUGCACCUCUCAUGUAUGUCUGCUUUGUGUUGGGGCUUCUUUACCAUCAGUGUCUAUGAACUGAAUUUGUGUAAAGUUCCCAGAAUUGAGGUGUAUUCUGCUUUUCAUAUUCUAAGAUGGUUAACAAGAUAGAAAUAAAUCACCCUGUUCCUUCUUAAACCAUGGUCUUUCAAGAACGUUUUAUCCUGUGCCACAGUUGUCCAGUCCAGAGACUACUUAAUCACUAUUAUCCCCUGUCUCUUUUGCCAUAAAAUCCCUAGUCUGAGAAUGACUGUUAGGGUUCGAUAUAUUUAACCUGAUCUAUAAAACAACAAACUCUAUCCAGAUGUUAAAACAAGAGACAGAACUCUGCUUCUCAGGUCACCUGCAUAAGCAGUAGUGAAAAAAAACAGAAGUGUUCUUUAUUUGCAACUGGCUACCUGAAAUUCUGGCCAUUUCAGGUUCAUAUCAUUUCAAGGUCACAUCUAAAGGCUGCUUUUUGGAGGAAUGACCUCAAACCUAGUCUGCACACAUAGAGUGUGAACUGGUCAGUGGUCAACAUUGUUUCCUAGUGUGGGUUAGCCAUUUGUGAGCUCCAUACCUCUUCCGUAAGAAGCAGAGCGCAACCACUUAGGCUCCCACAAAUGUGCUCCUGUCUUCUAGCCAGAAAUGGAUUUUUGUGGGUUAAAGUUCACUUAACAAAUAAUCAGAAAAUGUUAGUAGAUUGUCUCAAUUACAAAUCCAAGCAGUUUUAAGGAAAGGAAAGAAGCUGGCCUGUAAUGGUAGAUUAGGGUAAUCCUUACAUAUUGGAGUUUGGAUGAUUUGGCAAUAAAUUGCUGGAGAUUAAGUUGUCCUCAUUAUACUUAAAGUAAGGAUUUUGAGCUCCAUAUCAUAGUCUGUCUCUCACUUUUUUGGUUUCCCAAAUGGUAUGGUUCUUGCAUCAUAUAGGACUGUACACUCAAACUGUGAAAGAAAUAAUAGUAGAGUCUAAGCAGAGCUUGAAUGACUAAUUUAAUAUAGUGUAUGUGUUCAGUAAAGUCUGACUUUUUUCUUCCCACUACGUAUCGGUGAUGGAAGAAUAUAGCUUGGUUUUAAAGUGACAUUUGGAACAGGAACGUUUGGCUGCUAAUUUGGUAAAUAUGUAUUAACAUAUAUUGCUGGGGCUGUUUAAAACUCAAAUCUGUCCGAUUUAGUAACUUCUUGAAAACAAAGAACAAAUCUGCCCAUGCAUUCACAGCUUCUGUGUCUAGAUAGGGCCCUGGUCUCCCUUCUUUGCCUAUCUUUCUUUCAGUCUGUACAUGUUACUACCUGCUAGGUGCAGAUGAAAGAAUUUCAACACUGCUUCUUUUUCCUUGCUAGCCUUACCUUCCGUUGCUAGUGAAAAGAAAACUCAGCAUAGCUUUUAGCUUUUCUUAGUCUGUCUGAUUUCAUCAUGGAAACCCCCUCUUAAUACAGAGCAGCACAUUCCCAAUCUGAUUCUUGUAUGCCUGGAUUAGUUCCAGGAAGCUGCUGUUUGUGUUACAGUUCUUAAUAUAAAACCUGACUACCACAGUUAGGGCACAGCUGGCCAGCCUCUCUGUAAAGCAGAGUUAGCAUAGGUAGAGCCAUAUCAAACUACUGAUUAUUAUUUUUUCUGAACAGAGUUGAUUUUAAGUAGCCACCUCUGUUUGAUCUGGCCCAUACCAGAGUGACUUAAUUAGCUUGAAAUAGCCCUUGUGAAAAUUUUACUGUGAAAAAUUUCCUGAUAAAUUUUGUAAUCAAGAUAAGCCCUGACUGAAAAGCCUCCAGAUUCAAGUACAUGUAAACUUUAGGGAAGGUUGGCUCUAGAGCAGAAUUUGGUGCCUGUGCCUGGUAUAUUUCAUAAAAGAAAACCAAGACUCUGGGUCCAGUCGCUCCAAAACUUUGGGAAGAUUUUCAUCCACUUUCAGGUGUGAAAUGUUUAGCUCAGGCUGUAAUACUUUUGUACAGACCAGACCUGUAAGCCUACAAAAACAUUGUUGUCUUUACUGAAACUCACUAUGGGUUUGCCCACAUGGAUUGUUCUGAAGGACUGGACCGUAUGGCAGGUUUUAAUUUGAAUUACUCUUCUUAAAACAUGUUCACCCUGUGCCAGGACAGAUAAAAAGCCAAUGGAAAAAACUAUAAAAUGCUAUUCAUUAAGGGAAGAACCAAAUGUCUGUCUAACUUAGUUGCAAUGGCAAGGGUCUUUACAGCAGGCAGAUAUAUUACUUUAUAUAAAAUGCCAGUCUUUUAUAGUUGCUAUCGUUACUUUUUUAAUGUAUGUGAGAGCUUCUUAAUGAAAAACAGAUUUUUUGUUUUAAGUUUUGCUGCUAUUGUGGAAACUUCUGCAUUGGAAAAAGUUAUCAUUUAGUUUCCUUUUGGUAAAUGAAAACUAAUGAAGUGUAGACCUGUCACAGCUCAAGUAGAUGGUGUGGGAAUACACUAUUUUUGCCUUUACGCUUAAUGGCCUAUUCUUGAGUGUACAAGACUACCUAUUGUCUUGAGGGAGGAAAAAGAGCCUUGAGAUGGAUGAAACAUUUGACUUUUGCUUCAGAAGUACCAAAGAAUUUUACAAAGAAAAUCUGUUUUAUACAGAACAGCUGAAUAAGUUCAUUCUGACUAGCAGCUGUUACUGUCAAGAAAAUACAUGGUCUUUCUUAUACCACACUCAUCUUAAGGUAUAUGGGGAACCCAGUCUGCAGUCCUUUUUUUUUGUGCCAAACAUGGCACAAAAAGUCAUAGAAUUUUUGUAUGAACACUAUUUUUUGCAACAAUUCCCUAUGCAAGACAGACAGAUGCAGUGUGGAAAUGUCUCUGGGCACAGGUAUAGAGGGAGCCAUCCCCAAAUCCAGAAGUAAUGCACUGAAAAUACAUAAUAUUAUUAAAAUGUCUAGAUUAGUAAAACACCUCUUUCAUUGUGAGGCUGAUGUCAUAUCUCAAACUAUUCUCUUGAUGAAGUGCUUUAAAAUAUUUUAUUACACUGCCCAGGUUUCUGCAACUUGAGUUUUUUUCCUGGACUUGGUUAUAAAACUCCUCAUUACACACUGUACACAUAUCUGUAGAGAUUAUUGAUGGCAAAAUGUAUGCUGAACAAGCCGAGGGAGUGUGAGGAUGUUUUAUCUAAACAGAUCUGAUGUGGUUUCCAGAGUUUUGAAAAUGUUAGUGUAUACUUAGAAUUAAGAGUUCAGCGCACUUUCCUCCUAUUAAAAUAUUUUAUAAGACUAUAGUGCAUUUUAAGUACCUAUUCAGAAAGUAUAACAUACUUAAAGGGCUGCGUUUCAAAAGUGUAUUAAAAAUGAUUAUAUCUUUAUGCUGCAGCUCAAGUAUUUCAGGUAAGAAAAUAUUUUUGAAUAUUUAUUUUGGACCCUUUUUUGCUUUGGCCACUGAACUUUAAUAGUCCGAAAAAAUUCACAUUUUAAAAUUAGUUGGGCAAAUAGAACACAUACAGUUCUGCAAGAAAAAUUGCAGCUUAGAAAUAUUUGGCCUGGAAAAAAGGCAUACAUCAUUUGUGCUUGAGCUGAAUUGAUGCUUCUUUUAGUUGGGUUGGGUACCAGAGUUGAAAUAUUAGCUGGUUUCCUGGGAAGCUGGAUUUAUCCAAGUAUAUUACGUGCUUAUGCCGCUGUAGUGAUUCAUAGAACUGGCUGGACACCAAAAUAAUGACGUCUCACACUGAAAGUGCCCCAGGAACUUCAGGAAAAGUUCUGAAAAAAGUUCUGAGAAAAGUUCUUUCCCCCCAGGAAAAGUUCUGAUUGAGGACAAAGAUAAUGGCAACUAACAGAAUAUGGUUGUCCUACAGUUUUUGAGAGUGUGCAGUUUGUAUUAUAUAUAAAUACUCCAUUUACUUCCAGUCAACAAACCUGGUGUUCAGGUCCCCAAGAUAAAACUGUUGUUAUAAAUUCAUAGGUGCAGUUGCAAGCAAACAAAUUAAAUCCCUGCAAUUUUAUAGUUUAAAAGAAUAAUCUCUGUAAGUAAAUGAUGUCAAAUAUAUUGUUAUAAUUAAAAUAAUCAAAAUAAUUUUUCAGAAAAUUUCAUACUGUAUGUCUAUCUGUUAACUUCCUAAAGAUGCCUUGUUUUUGUAUUAAAAACAGUCAAAUAGUG